CGUUGCACAUGUCCGUCGAGACGAAACUUCGAUACUUUUUGUUUAAACGUGUUGUUUUUAAUGUUUAAUUGCGUGAAAGAUAGUUUAGAAAACGAAGUUGUAAGUUUAUUAAAAUGGAGGAGAUGUAUAAACGUGUCAAAAUCACGAAAGAAUCAACCAUCGAUGAUAUUGCAUCGUCCAUUAGCGAAAUAUCCGGAUCUGUUGCAUCCUUAAGUGAGAAGUAUAGAGCCGUCUUAAAGAUUAAUAAAGCAGUGGUUCUUUGUUAUCAAAGCAUUAAGGAGCAUCAAAAGGAAUCCAGUAUAGAGCGAAUACAAACAGAGUUGGAGGGAACAAGAAUAGAUAAGGAGUAAUUGGCGAACAGGCAAUGGACGAGCACACGCAAGCUAUUUCGUUCGCGAACAAUUACUUCGCCCUAGUCGAUGGUCUUGCUUCCGGCUUAGAAAACCACCUCUCGAACGACGUAGUCCUCGAUUGGUUCGGCAGGACGAUCAGAGGCAGGAAGAACGUAACCGCUUUCAUGGAAGCUCACAAAGUGAACAGUCGUCACAAAUUCAGGAACAUCGUGCCCAUCGCUAGCAUCGGUUACAAGAAGAAACGCUCGAACCGGAAAAAGAUAUUUUCGUAUCAAAGUCGGAGCGACCAGGAAUCUCUACGAACCGAUAACGAUAACCCGAUAGAACGUGAAUUAUCCGCCCAAGAGUCAUCGGAAGUGUUUUCGAAGAAUGACCCGAUAGUAGAUUUCAAUCAAAAUGAAAUCGAUCCGAAGGGAAUGAUUGCGAUGCACGACGACACGUUCUACGAUUUAAGCGAGGGUGAUCUCAGCAAUCUUUUCAAGCUUGAGAUGUCGUCAACCAACAUAGAGGAGAUUGAGCGGAGCAUUAAUAGGAUAAAAUUGGAAGAGGAAAUGGCACCAACCAUCAAAGCCAUCAAGAGAGAGUGUGGUCAAGGAGAUGGGCCCGCUGUCGUUGAAACUAGCUCGAUCAAGUACGUGGAGGCCGAAGGAGAGAUUGAAUUCUCGCGCAAAUAUUGGAAAAGAGAUGCUUGGAAUGCGUAUUUCUCGGCCACGACUGGCGCUCACACUUGGAGGCGGCCGUGCAAAUUGCAAAUUGCGUACUCCAUUUCAACCGAGUGUUCAGCCUUGGAACCGUCUUCUAAAAGUAAAAAUUCUACGACGUGUUUUGGCCAGCCGAAAGCUAGAUUGCUCACCCUAGAGGAGAUCAAUGAAAUCACCAACAGACUGAUACCGAACACGAACGAUUUCGGUGGUUUCUUGAAAGACGUGAAUUUCUUCGAAGAUCGCAAAUGCUUUCUGAAGGAGCUUGGAACGGAGUUGGCGAUCGUAGACCCUUGCACGCCGACACUCGUUCCCCACUACGUGGAUAAUAAGCUGAUCUUUAACAAACCUUGCGUCGACGUGGACGAUUGUCACGACCGUAAUAGGAAAAAGUUCAUCUUCAACUACCAGAUCCACUUGAUCAUAUACGAGGCUAGCAACAAGUGCAGGAUGAAUCUUUUAAGCAAGUUCGAAAAGACGAAAAUCUAAGGAACAAGUAACGGAUCCUUCUUUUCGUCGAAUCAGAAGAUCGAUCAAAAGGCAAUUAUUAUUUUUUCUUUUCGUUCUCAUUUAGACAAUGUCGGAACACGAAUUUUUUUUGAAAUUAUCUUUAAUGUAACUCUUCUGAAAGUUUUGUAGGAUUACGUUAUAUUUCGUUUGUUUACCAAAUGGUUGGCGAUUUUACGCUUUUAAGAUUCGUAAAGCAACGGCGAUCAAACGUUGCAAAUUACGUUUAUCGCGUAUUUGUUUUGUUAAUUGAACCUUUUUUAGUUUAGAGACCGUGUGUACGGUUUAUCAAAUGAUCUCAUAUUUACCGAUAAUGAAGCAUCGUUCAAACAGUUAAAUUACCAAGAGACACCGCUCGGUAUAAUUCGUUUAUGUAAUCAACCGAUAUUUGCCGGGGUGGUUGUUGAUUUAUUUGCAACAAUUUGUUCGUUAAACAUCGUAGGAUUUGCGACGGCAGCUGGUUCUGCAUCGUCGCGCGAUACACGCCGGUAUAGAUCAGUAUUUUUGUACAUUUGGUACUGU